UACGAGACCAAUCUUUUCGCCUAAAAAUGGCUCUGUCAGAAGAGGACAUAGCUUCCUCCCUCAGUGAACCAGACCAAGCUACAAAGGGCUUUACCUUUCAGCAGACCAUGCUUAGGGUAAAGGACCCUAAAGUGUCGUUGGAUUUCUACACACGUGUAAUGGGUAUGAGGCUUUUAAGGAAGUUCCACUUCCCAGAAAUGAAAUUUUCACUGUAUUUCCUGGGAUUCGAGGAAGCAGGCAGUAUUCCAAAUGAUGCUGAUAAGAGAACCAAGUGGCUUUGUGCCCAGAAAGCCACUCUGGAGUUGACUCAGUAAGCAAAAUAUCACCUACAUCAGCACUUAACCCGAACAGUCGGUUAAUAGGUGUCUUAAAUUACUCAGUGAUCUAACCAGUACAUAUGAGUGGUAUGAAG